ACUGGCUUUGUCUAUAUGCAUUUUGGCAGGAGGUGUUGAACACAGCAACAAAUCUAAAGUACAUUCGAACCUCUUUUCGGGAAUAAACCAAAAUAUUCCUCACUGUGUUUAUAUAAACCCGAAAGUAAAAUUAGCACUGAAUAUUUAAGCAACGUUCCUGCUGCUUAAGUGUCCCAACGUAUUUGUUUUAUUUGAUAUCUACGAUUUCAAGGAGUAUAUUCGGACAAAAAUAUGAGAAAAAGAAUUAUGGCAAGGCAGUAGCAGUGCUGGCCUAAUUGAGUGUGAGCCGGUGGACGGCUCUGGGUCUGGUGUGAGAGGGUCAGAGUGAGGAGGAGUUUGUGGAGAUGAAGGUGGGACAGAAGAACUCAGUGUGUAUCCUGUCGGGUCGAGAACGAGGAGCACGAGGCCUUGCCUCACACAGGAUCCUACAGCAGCUUGUAGAGGAGAAGACACAGCGCAUGAAAUGGCAAAGCCAGAAGGUGGAGUUACCAGACGGCCCCCGCUCAACCUUUCUUCUGGCCUUCAGUCCAGAUAGAUCUUUAAUGGCCUCGACCCAUGUGAACCACAACAUCUACAUCACAGAGGUUAAGACAGGAAAAUGCGUUCACUCUUUAGUGGGUCACCGCCGGACACCUUGGUGCCUGACCUUUCACCCUAGCAUCCCUGGCCUUAUUGCUUCUGGCUGCCUGGAUGGAGAGGUCCGAAUCUGGGACCUGCAUGGAGGCAGUGAGAGCUGGCUCACAGAGAGUAACUCAGCGAUCGCAUCCCUUGCUUUCCAUCCUACUGCUCAGCUGCUGCUCAUUGCCACCAACAAUGAGCUGCAUCUAUGGGACUGGAGUCGGAAGGAGCCCUUUGCUGUGGUGAAGACCGCUAGUGAGACAGAGAGAGUCAGGUUGGUGAGAUUUGAUCCAUUAGGUCACUAUCUUCUAACUGCCAUUGUAAACCCUUCAAACCAACAGAAUGAUGAUGAUCCUGAGAUUCCAAUGGACAGUGUGGAGAUGCCUCAUCUUCGUCCACGCUCUUUCCUCCAGUCCCAGCCUGUAAGACGCACACCCAUCUUGCACAAUUUUUUGCAUAUCCUCACUUCCCGCAACUCCGUCCCUCAAGCUGGAGGCACUCUCGCUUCUUCGAGUGAUGAGGCCUCUGAUUCGUCUGGGCAUUACACUGUUUUGAGGGAGCGAUCCCGGCUGCCAUACCAUGGUUGCGUUCAGCCACUCGGAGUAGUGUGUUUCUGUAGCCGUUGCUCAUCAACCCGGGUUCCGUCUCCACCUGAUGAAGACGUUUCAGACUCCGCAUCCCUGGAGGGACAAUCACAUGCAUCCACCUUUUCUUCUGCACGCACAGAGCCACGAAUACCACGGUUUCCUGCCGAAUCUCAUGCUGCAAAUCGGCCCUCUGCAUUUAGCUGCGUGUAUGGUGGUGGGAGCAACAUGCGGAACAUUUCUUCUAGUUCUGGGAGGAGGGGAGUGGCUGGAAUGGCAUCCAUCCCACCUUUCCGGCAGCAACCACCAGUCAGGGAAGGUGGAGGCCGUCUCCCUGGGGCAGAUUGGAUAGGCAGUGUGCUUAAUGGACGAAGUAGUAAUUUGACUCCACCCAGAACUAGCGCUUCCUCCAUCAGCUUGCUUUCUGUCCUGCGGCAGCAAGGAACUUCUACCCAGUCACCUGUUUACACCUCUGCUAGUGAUGGAUGGAGCCUUCCUCAUAGCAGUGGCAGCACAUCAGGGACUAGUUCCAGCAGGCAUCGCCGACCAGAGGAAGAGGGGCGCAGCAGCCCUUCCUCCAUCCGCAAUGUUCUCCAGUGUAACCUUAAUCGCUAUUUCGUGGAGUAUGAGCGAAUGCAGGACCUGGUGCAGCCUCUAGAGGGCAACAGGCAGGACCAGCAGACUCAGGAAAUGCUGAAUAACAACAUGGACCCAGAGCAGCCAGGUCCAUCUCAUUACCAGCCACUCUACAGUGGCGAAAACCCAUCACGCAGUCACAUGAACCGCUGUAGAGUCUGCCACAACCUCUUCACCUACAAUCAGGGUACUAGGCGCUGGGAGAGAACAGGUCAGCCGGCACCUGCCGAGAGAAAUGCAGCUUGGCAACCUACUAGUCCUGCCUUCCACAGUGUAGCCCCAGUCUCUCACUCUGAUCAUGACCUACUUGAACACAGACCCAUGGAGCCCAGCCCAGACGCCCCAGAACCUCAUGUUCCCUUUUCCCGCAGCGCAGCUUCUGGUCAGCAUGAGGAGCAGCCCGUCGGGCUGGUCUUCAACCAAGAAACUGGACAACUGGAGCGUGUUUACAGGCAGUCCGCCGCCUCUCGCUCAACAAAUGUAUCACAAGAAGCCUUAAACCAGGAAAUGCCUGAAGACACACCAGAUGAUGAUUACUUACGCAGGAGGCUGCUGGAGUCGUCCAUGAUGUCUCUUUCCAGAUAUGACGUCUCUGGAUCACGAGACCACCCCAUCUAUCCCGAUCCGGCCAGGUUGUCCCCUGCAGCAUAUUACGCACAGCGUAUGAUCCAGUAUCUGUCUCGGCGUGACAGCAUUCGCCAACGCUCUCUCCGUCCCCCCAGCAGACCCCGACCCCUGUCCUCUAAUCCCAGCAGCCUCUCCCCUGGUCCUGCCCCCAGCUUGGAGAACAGUGAAGUUGACUUUGAGGAGUUUGAGGACAAUGGAAGCAGACAUAGGGCUCCUCGGAACGCACGCAUGUCUGCCCCUUCGCUUGGUCGCUUUGUGCCCAGGCGGUUCCUCCUGCCGGAGUUUUUGCCGUAUGCUGGAAUCUUCCAUGAGCGAGGGCAGCCGGGCCUAGCAACACACUCAUCCGUCAAUAGGGUCCUCGCAGGUGCUGUAAUUGGGGACGGUCAGUCUGCAGUGGCCAGUAACAUAGCUAACACAACGUAUCGCCUGCAGUGGUGGGACUUCACCAAAUUUGACUUGCCUGAGAUCAGUAAUGCGUCAGUAAAUGUGUUGGUGCCCAACUGUAAGAUCUACAAUGAUGCAAGCUGUGAUAUCUCAGCGGACGGGCAGCUGCUGGCUGUAUUCAUUCCCAGCAGUCAGAGGGGUUUCCCUGAUGAGGGCAUCUUGGCUGUGUACUCCCUGGCCCCACACAACCUGGGAGAGAUGCUCUACUCCAAGAGAUUUGGUCCAAAUGCCAUCUCUGUCAGUUUGUCUCCGAUGGGUCGUUACGUGAUGGUGGGUCUGGCGUCUCGCCGCAUCCUGCUGCAUCAGAUCACUGAUCACAUGGUGGCACAGGUCUUCAGACUGCAGCAGCCCCACGGAGGAGAGACUUCCAUGAGGAGGGUGUUUGAUGUGGUGUAUCCAAUGGCCCCAGACCAGCGGAGACACGUCAGUAUAAAUUCCGGACGUUGGCUGCCAGAACCGGGGCUCGGGCUCGCUUAUGGAACCAACAAAGGAGAUCUGGUCAUCUGCAGACCUGUUGAUGUACACUCAGAUGGCAACAGCACCUCUGAACACUCUGAGAGAAUGUUCACCAUCAAUAAUGGUGGAGGGGCUGGAACCAGUAGCAGCAGGGGUGGAAACAGAGCAGGGAACAGCAGGACUGAUUGGAGAUCCCACAGAGAGAUGGGUCUGAUGAAUGCGAUUGGUCUGCAGCCACGACAUCCUGCCCCCACUGUUACAUCACAGGGGACACAGACACAGACUAUGCGGCUACAGAAUGCAGAGACACAAACAGACCGUGACCUUCCAGAUGAACCUCAGCAGCCCAGCACUUCUCAGGGGUCACAGGUUACUGAUGCUGCAGACACUCUGGAUUUAGAGGUUCUCCCAGAGGAUUCUGGGUCUGAGGUGGUACCAGAGACGCCCCCCCACAGUCGACCUCAGGAAGAUGAAGGGUCAGAUCUCACUGAACCCAGCACAGACAGCACAGGUCAGGCUGAGUACGUUUCUCGUAUCCGAAGGCUAAUGGCUGAGGGAGGGAUGACAGCGGUUGUCCAGCGUGAGCAGAGCACCACAAUGGCUUCCAUGGGCAGCUUUGGCAACAACAUUAUCGUCAGCCACCGAAUCCACCGUGGCUCCCAGACAGGAGCAGACGCACAAAGUCAUACUAGUUUGAGUCCCAUCCCUGGGCCCUCCUCUAGUGAGUCUUUGGCUGGAGCUGCAGGUUCGUUCUCCCGCGUCCUCACCGGCACGCUCGGGAUUCAUACCGACACAGCUCAGGGCAACUCUACAGCCAUAGACCUGGCCCCCCUCGUAGAACAGGGAAGACUUCACACGUCCCUCCUUUCACAGGAGUUUUCACCUCUUUUCUCAUCUGCUUUAGACGCAAAUGGACCUUCCGCUUCCAUGGAAACAGACAGUGUCUUGGAGGGGGAGGAGCUCCAAGACUUUGCACACCUCCCCCCAUCUUUACUCUCAUCCUCACCCUCUCUUUCUCCAGUGAAUAACAGUAACUACAGCAACAGCGAUAGUAGUUACCUUGGAGACGAGUAUGGGCGGUGAAAGAGGCGGAGUUUGGAGAGGAUUCAUAAUUUGAAAGAGAAAAGACCACACAACAGAAACUUCCAGAAAUAUUUGCACUCGACCCGUAUGUUCCUUUCUCUUCUCACCAUCGGCGUUCAUAUUUCGCAUCUGCUCUAAAUAAUAAGGACAAAAAAGUAGUAGUUCCCUCUUCAGCUUAAACUCGGCAAUGAAUUCAGACCAUUCCAUGUUGUUUCCAGUGGGGGUCUCUGACUGCCUGUUGUCCAUCAUGAUCAAAGUGUUCAAAGUAGAGCCACGUACAGAAUAAGGUGUGUGAAUAGCAGAGAGACAGAACAUCACUUUGCUGUCAGUCUUUAGUCUGUAGAAGAAUAUCAGUUACUACAACUUAACGCUUGGUUCUUCUACAUACUCUUUCAAAUGUAACAUUUCAGGUGCCAUUGAAAGCUGCUGCUUUGAGUAGAAAUGUUUCCUCGGACAAUCCAGUAGUCCAAAAUGUUACAAAACCUAGUCACAUUCUGAACAACUUGGUUAUGUUACUUUUGGUUAGUUUAGAACUAAGAGUCAUUUCUGUUAAAGAAAGGACUAUUUUUAGAUAAUGACUGGUGUUUUAGUUCAUUUUUUUUUAUACUGUUGAAAAGUCAAAGACCACGCUUUAAUUUUUAAGUUUUUGGAAAGAAUAUAAGAAAGAGAAUCAAGAAAGAAGACAAUUCUAUUCAAGUUAUAUAUUUUGUUUAGUUAAUUCUGCAUUAAAGGGAUGGUUCGCCCAAAAAUGAACUUUCUGUCUCCAUUUACUCACCCUCAUGUCAUUCCAAACAUGUAUGACUGUAAAACACAAAAUAAGAAAUUCUUAGAAAAAUGGUGGUUGUUUUUUUUUAAACAAAGAAAGACAAUAGUCACCUAUGUAUGUCAGAAUGUAUAUAGUCAGACGUAUAUAUGCUCGAUUACCAAAAUCUUCUAAAUAUUUUCUUUUGUUUCAUAACAAAGUCAUACAAGUUUGGAAUGACAUUAAAUUGAGUAUAUGAUGACAGAAUUUUUAUCUUUGGGUGAACUAUGCUUUAAAGGGAUAGUAUAACCAAAAAUUCACUCUCAUGUCGUUCCAAACCCGUAAGACCUUCUUUCAUGUUCACAAAUUAAUAUAUUUUUAAUGAAAUCCACGAGCUUUCUGCAUAGACAGCAACGCAACUGACACAUUCAAGGCCCAGAAAGGUAGUAAGAACAUUGGUAAAAUAGUCCAUGUGAUAUCAGUGAUUCAACUGUAAUUUUAUGAUGCUGCAAGAAUACUUUUUGUGCAUGGAGUAUUUUAACAAUGUACUUAACUACCUUUUUGGGCCUUGAACGUGGUAAUUAGAUGCUGUCUAUGCAGGCUCAGAAAGCUCUCAGAUUUCAUCACAAAUAUCUUAAUUUGUGUUCUGACGAUGAACGAAAGUCUUACGGGUUUGGAACGACAUGAGAAUGAGUAAUUAAUGACAGAAUUUUCAUUCUGUGUAAACUCUCUUUAAGACGUGAUGUUCGUCUGCAUCCUUAUCAUCAGCUGUCUUCUGUGUGGCCAAGUCAGUCUCCUUUGGGCUCACUGUUACCUUGGAAACACCUCAAUUAACAGCCUUUGCCCCAAUUGAAAAACGGAAGGACGGUUUCUUAAAAAGGGUCUUCCCUUCCCUGUUUACAGUAAAGUGCUUCUCAACACGAUGUGAUAAACGUCACACUCAGAGCCUCAACAGGAAAGCGGUGAAGUCUGACAGGUGUGUGUAUGCAAAAGAGACGCUAUCCCAGUUCUGUCAGCUACUGUAGAUUUUCAAAGCCUAUUGAAAGUUAGGCAGGCACUUUCCCUUUUAUAUCUUAUGUAGCACUCUGCUUCCUAUCUGCUCUCUUAGAAAACAUUUCUGAGAUGUGUGUUCAGAGAGCUUGUCCGUUGAACCUUAAAAUCUGCCUUUUGAAUUUAAAGCACGUUUUGACUUCAGCUCAUUCAUGAACUAUUAAAUAACCAAUCACAAUGUCUAAUCUGCUUAAGUGGACCUAAUGUUGCGAUAUGACCUUAGGAAAUAACUUCAUGAUGGGUUUUUAAGUGUCAAAAUGCUGUUCAUUGGUCUGGCAUACAGUGCUACAGUAGUGCAUAGGGAAGAUGGAUGAUUGGAUGAAUGUUUGUGAGUGAAUGUUUAUGUGAGAUUUUUUUAUUCACAGGCUUAAUGCAUUAUGUUCUGCACUAAUAUGGAGAGGCUCUCUCUGCUUUUGGCAAACCACUUCAUCCUGAAAAUGAAUGUCUGGCGGUGUCUCCUGAAUCAAGUCAAAGCACAACUUGCUGCUUUGGUAAACAGUGUAACCUCUGCUUUAGAGCUCAGUUUUUACUGCUACAGUAAAAACAUCAUUUUAGUGCUCUUUCUGCACCUGAAGAAAAGUUACAGCAGCAGCAGCUCUUCUGAUGGAUUAUGUACUUAACAUUAAAAAGUGACUAUUUUUGGUCAUUUCAUUCUUGUUUUUCUGUUUGUUUUUUUUAAACCAUGUUAUUAAUUCUUUCUUUUAAAGGAAAAAAGGUGAUAUUACAUUGAUCUGCAUUCUGGGAAACACAAGUGCUCUAUGUGAUUUAAAUGGAAUAAAAUGAUAACAGUCA